CUUCCUCCAGAGGGUCUCACGAGCAACGGCGAUUCUAUUCCCGAGUCUCUCUCACCGAGUCUUUUGCGUGGUUCUCUCUGUGUAUAUAUAUUCUUUUCUCUGUAUUGAUGGCCUAGAACUCGUGGAUUGGUUUCUACCCUACGACUUAUCCCCCACGCGGUCCGUGAUGGACCUCUCGUCCCCCGCCGGCCAGUCCUCCUCCGGACAGCUCUCACGACGUCCCAGGCGUAGCCCCCGGCGACGUCUGCAGAACCGCCCACCGCUGUCGGCGCGGUUAGUGAUUGAUCCUCAGCUGCGAGGGAAGGUCGGGUUGCUGUCGGAGGAUCUUGCGAGCGAUUUGUUCCAGGACAAUGACCGUACUGGACAAAACACGCUCUACGUCGCCAUCUCCCCCUUGACCCCCGUCUAUACGGGCGUGGAAGAGCAUUCUUGGACGGUCGUUCCCGUCCAGGUCACGCCGUCGGCCUCCCGAACGAACGCCGUGCCGAAUUCGACCGUGCUGUUCCCCGACGCCGCGGACGCGUUACAGCCCUUUGUACAGGCGCUUGCCCGCCUUGAUCCCACCAAGCAUGCGACCCCGCUGCAACGUGCCUUUGAGAUUAGGGUGCUCGAUGUCGUUCCCUUACACCUGGAGACGGUUUACGUGACCGUGGAGCGCCAUCUGCUGCGUAACCACGAUGACAUCCAGAACCGUUUCGGCGGCGGGUUCCGCACUACCAGCCUGCAGGUCCCCAACGGGCUGUGGGCAAAGGCUGGGGGCAAGGGGGUAGCGGCAGCGGCGAUUGAUACGAAACGGGCGAGCAAGAGGGACGUCGCUGAAACCGAGGACCGGUUGAGGGCGGCCAUCCGGGAGGCCCUGGGCGCGCAGUUGAUCGUCCAUGCUGGAGAUGUCCUGCCUCUGCCCUUGCCCCCGCAUCCGAUCACCUAUGCACCCCCGCCGCCUGCGCGCGUCUCCUUCUGCGAGCCCGUCUCGCAAGGUCUGCUGGCGCCCACCACCCAGAUAGUGCUGCUCCAGGCCCGCGCCUCGACGAAGAACGGCAGCAAGAGCAGCAGCUUGGCGCAGAAGAGCAGCAGUCUCCCCGCUGGCUCGGCUCUGUUGAAGCAGGUUGCCGAGGAUGAGGCCGACGACACCGCCAACGAGCAGUUCUACUCCGCCGCCGAGGACAAGGCCACUGAGAGCGGUACUGAGAUGGAGAGCUCGUCCGCCCCGGACGACACGGAGACCGAGGACGACUCCACUGGUGGCCAUUCUAGCGACGCCUCGGAUGAUUCUCUCGAGGAUAUGAUCUCGCUUGCCGCUCCGGAGCUGCCGCAACCGCCCUCGGGGAUCAUGUCGGCCGCAACUGCUGCCACCCCCCGGCCGGGAGGAGUCUUGGUUGGUGGCCGGCGGCUGGAUGGCGGCACGCAAACUCCCGGAUCAGUGGCGUCUAACUUCACGGCAACCACGAUGCGACCCGGGGGGCGCGGCGGCGGCGGCGGCGGCGGCGGCGGCGGGAAGGUCUUCAAGACCGAGAGCCUUCUGCAGCCUAUUCCCAACGAGAUUCUGCACCCCCGGCCACGAGAAGACGAUGACCUUGACUCCUUCAUCUUCGUCGACAUUAGCACACUGGCCAAGGUCGGCUGUUUCUCGGGUGAUUGGGUGCGCAUUGAAGCCACAGAAGAGCCCCAGGUGAACAACAUGUUCGCCUCGUUGAAUAUGAGCAGAUUCAACAACGAGUACGAAGAAGAUCCGGGCGACUGGCGGCCCGUCAAGAUCUACGGGUUGCCCGGAUUACCUUCCCCGAAUAAACCGCGAUAUUCAAUCAACCCUCAGUCGGCCGACCGGCGCUCAAGUAUCUCGCAGCUGCGUCCCUCGCAGCGGUUGACCCCUUCCGUGUACGUGCCGCCUCUCCUGCUCAACAACCUUGAGAACACAAAGUAUCUGCGUAUCUCGCCCAUGACCUUCCCCACGGCCCCCGCCGGCGGCGCCGGCCUCUCCAACAAGCCAGGUCUUCUGCAGCAGAUGCGCACAAGUGCCGUUCGCACUCCGCCGCUGGCCAAAGAGGUUACUUUACUCAAGAUUUCUACCCCGCUGUCCAUGGACCGCGUCCUCCAGCCGGCCUUGUUUGCGGGGCUGAAACAGUACUUUGAAUCGCGGCACCGUAUCCUCAAAAGUGGCGACCUGGUGGGUAUCAGUGUCGACGAGAAUCUCGGCCGCGCGGUCUUCUCGACCGAUGGCGCCAAUGACGACGACUUGACGAUUCGUCUCGCUCAAAGGGCCGGACCCCGAAAGGUCGGCGUCGCCUGGUUCCGCGUCGGACACGUUGCCCCCACGAGUCUUGACGAACCGGACGAGCCGUCUCUCGAUGAGCAGUGGGGCGGUGUUGCGGUGAUCGACUCGGCGACGACCCGCAUGGUCCAAGCGGGCAGCGAGAUCAGCCGCAUUCCCGGCACGCUGGACAACGGCUGGGAGUACUGGCUAGGCGUACGGGCGCUUCCCAAACCGAUCGGCGAGGUGUCCUCAUCCCCGCAUAUGCACGGACUGGUCACCGACGCCCUGCCGCCGGCCUUUGUCUCGCCGUUGCAGAGCCGCCUGCGUGAGCUGAUGCGGGUCGCGACCAGUCCCCGGGCAAUUCAGCUGGGCAUGAAGCCGCUAGUCAUCCUACUGCAGUCGCAGCAGCGGCAUAUCGGCAAGGCAACGGUGGCCAUGCGCGCCGCGGCGGAUAUCGGCCUGCACACGUUUUCAAUCGACGCCUACGAGAUCCUAACCGAGGGUGCAGCCGCCAACGGGGGCGAUGUCAAGACCGAGGCCUACCUCAAGGCCCGCGCGGAGCGCGCCCUGGGCCACUGCGGUUCCUCCUGCACCGCCCUACUGCUCCGGCACAUCGAUGUGCUGACCGCAGACCGGAUCGUCACCGCGCUGGUCGAGAUCGUCGCCGACGCGCGAGUCGUCAUCGCGACCACCACGGAUGUCGAGCAGAUCCCCGAGGGCAUUCGCAGCCUUUUCACGCAUGAGUUCGAGAUGUCCGCCCCGGAGGAGAAAGAGCGCGAGGGUAUCCUCCGCAACGCGGUCGCGGAACGCGGCAUCCGUCUGUCGCCAGACGUCGACCUAGCCACCGUUGCCAUGAAGACCGCGGCGCUCGUCGCGGGCGACCUGGUCGACGUGGUUGAACGGGCAUUGACAGCACGGGUCGAUCGGUUGGAGAAACUUGCCAGCUCCAACACGUCGCUCUCGUCAUCCGGGGCCAAGGUGACCACUCGCGAUAUCCUUGUGUCUGGCGGCGAUGGGAAGGGAGUGACCAGAGCGGACUUUGACAGCGCCGUCGACGCCGCGCGCAAGAACUUUGCCGACGCGAUUGGAGCACCCAAGAUUCCCAACGUGAGCUGGGCGGACGUGGGCGGCCUGACGAACGUCAAGGAUGCGCUGGUGGAGACGAUCCAGCUGCCGCUGGAGCGACCCGAGCUGUUUGCGCGCGGCAUGAAGAAACGCAGUGGAAUUCUGUUCUACGGACCGCCGGGGACGGGCAAGACGCUGCUGGCCAAGGCGAUCGCAACCGAGUUCUCUCUCAACUUCUUCUCAGUCAAGGGGCCCGAGCUGCUGAACAUGUACAUCGGUGAGUCGGAGGCAAACGUGCGGCGCGUGUUCCAGCGGGCCCGGGAUGCACGGCCGUGCGUCGUCUUCUUCGACGAGCUGGACUCGGUGGCGCCCAAACGCGGUAACCAGGGCGACAGCGGCGGAGUGAUGGACCGCAUCGUCAGCCAGCUCCUUGCCGAACUGGACGGGAUGAACGGCGGCGAGGAGAAUGGCGGCGGCGUUUUCGUCAUCGGCGCGACAAACAGGCCCGACCUGCUGGACACAGCGCUGCUCCGACCCGGCCGCUUCGACAAGAUGCUCUACCUGGGUGUCUCGGACACACACGCCAAACAGGCCACCAUCCUACAAGCGCUGACCCGCAAGUUCACCCUGGAUGCCACGGUAGACCUGCACCGUGUCGCGGACCGGUUGCCCCUCACCUACACGGGCGCGGACCUGUAUGCGCUCUGCUCCGAUGCCAUGCUAAAAGCCAUCACUCGCAAGGCCACGGCUGUCGAUAAGAAGAUCGCCCAGCUGCCCGGCGAGAAGGUCAGCACGGCCUACUUCUUCGACCAUCUCGCUACCCCGGACGACGUGGCGGUUACCGUCACGGAGGAGGAUUUUGCUCAUGCGCAGGACGAGCUUGUUCCUAGCGUUAGUGCCAAAGAGCUAGAACACUUUGAACGCAUUCGACGCUCCUUCGAAUCAACAGACCAGACGCAGACGCAGACGCAGCAGCCACCACAGACGAUCGGGGAAGCAAUCAGUGCACUUACGAUGGGAGCAGCAGGAGCAGUAGAUGGACCCGUCAGUGAACGGAAAGGGAAGCAAGUCAACGGCAAGUCCAGGGAGAAAUCCGUCAAGAAGGGCAAAGAGAUGGAUGCAGGCGAGGAAGACGUCGACGCAGAUGUCGAGGACGAUUAUAUCGUGCGGACCGAUCAUUUGAAGUAGAUUUGUAUCAUGAUUGAACUACCGAGUACAUUUAUGUAAUAACUUUCUUGUCAAACUAGGUAGUAAGUACAAAAUAUAUAAUGGCC